GGUGGAUGCUGACAGCCCUGGGGACUGCCUGCGGGAGGUGAGCCUGGUGUCAGCCCUGACUCGUGGGGCCAAGGUCUUCCUCACCAGGGAGGAAGCUCAGCACUUCCUCAAGGAGUGUGGCCUCCUGAACUGUGAGGUGGUGCUGGAGCUGCUGGGCCGAGCACUGGAGGAGCCUAGUGACGGUGUCCGAAUGAGAUCCUUGUCUGCCAUCUCUGCCCUGGGCUGCUCUGACCUGCUCUCUCCAGACCAGAUCCUUGCUGUGACCAGGCAGCGCCUGCAGCAGCUCAGCCAAGGCAGCCCUGGGCCUGUGGCCAACCGAGCAACCAAGAUGCUGCGACAGUUCGAGGCUCUGUGCCAUGCCCAGCCCACGCCGAAAGCUCCUCGCCCACCCUCGACUCCCUCG